AUGCAUCUCUCUCUCCCUCUCAUCAUUGCUACCGUUUCGCUGUGCACCGCUGCACCCGUUACCAUUACCGACAGCACCCUUAUCGAGAAACGAGCCGAUCUGAUUGAAGUCACUCCCUUCUACAGCGGCGAAUGGAUGAACCUCGAUGAGAUCGAGAGAGGCGUCAAUCAAUGGUGUGCAAAUCAAAACGGCCAAGUAGUCCCCUGGGGAAAAUCCACGAACGCCCAAAUCUCCGGAUUGACCCUGCACAGUGGAGGUCCUGGUAUCCUCGCCGCUCACUAUACAAACGAUGACGUUCGCUCUGGUUGGACUAUCAAUGAGGGCGAGUGUAAUGAUUGGAUGAUGCAGAUUGCGAGUUUGAGUCCCAGAGGCCGCAGUGAUGGUACCCAUACUCAAGGUGGGCAUGGCAAAAUUGGUGGGUAUGGCAGUAUUUGGAUUGAUCCUAAUGCUGCUUGA